CUUUUUUUCCCUUCAACGUCAACCACAGCGAGCAGAGACAUUUCAUCGUCGUAGGUUCAGUUAACCUCGUUUUAUCUAGGGGAUUGGAAUGUAAGGCUACAUGCGAUGCACCUGGUUCGCGAAAGCUAACUGUGUAUUGAAUGCUCUGGCUCAUUCUAAUUCUCAAAAUGUUUCACUGAGAGCCCUAUCAUCUUUCAAACGUCCCUCGUCUGGACGGACUUUAUUCUCCAAUCAUUAUAUAUCUCUCCCGAAACAACCCGCUUCAGUCGCAUACGCGUCUACUGCCGUCUUGGUUACAUCUUCCCAACUUCCCGGUCAUAUCCAACAUCAUUCUACAUCGUAUGCAGAAGAACGCCUCUCACGUGCGAUGAUUUCCCGCUCUGCCUGCAAGGCCAUACGUAUUGCUAUGGAAGCUGGGGAGGUAUCCUCGGCAUGGCUUGUCCUUCAUUCAGUUCGAAAUUCUCAAAAGUCGAACGACUGGGGAUUGAAGGCACGAACGGAACAAAUUUUACAUGGCUUUUCGUUUGAGGAACCUAUUUCUCCCCGACUCUGCGCUCAUGCGCUUCUCCAUGGCCUGCUCCGUCUUGGAUUGAGGCAAAGAGCGUACCGAUUGUCUCAGCAGCUCAUUGCAGAUGGCGUCCGCAUCCACGGAAAAACGUUGGAGGCCGUCGUGUGGGGUAUUCUGGACGCAAGCGACAAACCCUCGGGAUUGAAUGGAGAAUUAUACAUUCGAUGGAAAGCCCUCCUUCCUACCCGCCAGAUACUGCAGCUUUCCCCGGCUGUAUCCAUCAACCCCAGCAUUCGUUGUGCUAUUCAAAUCUUACAAGCAGCUCGGGAGCACAAUCAACAACGUUCAGAAAGGAUGUUCAGCGCCGUUAUCAAGGCGUGUCUGCUUCAUGGUGAACUUUUGGCCGCGUCUCUCGUUUUCACUGCCAUCAUUAAGGCAUGCACGCUCAAAGACUCUAUACCAGUCUGCGUGUCAGAGAACACGGACGUACAGUCUUCCAUACAAUCCGUCGAAGGUCUCACUCAUUCCAAAGCAUUGCUUUCUCUUCCGAACCCUCAUGCCGGUCUGAUGGUGUCUAUUGUGAACUCAAUAACGGAAAUCAUCAGCAAGGACAAGCACGACAACGAAGAUGACACUUUUCACGUUGCAUUUCAGGCGGCACUGCAGGCAUUAGCGAAUUUGGCGUGUUUGCUCGACUGGCGCCAGCUUCCGUUUGGGGAGAUUGCAUGUCUACUUCAGGCCCUCUACAGUUGCCCAAAAGUCGAUAACAAAGUUUGGGUACCGAGUGGGCAUCCGAAUCCCCAGCACGUUAGGGCUUAUGACUACUUUCAUCGCGUUCUGACGCGUCUUACAAACCAUCUUCCUUCUCAUCUGAAUAGUGGAAGAUCACCGCCUCCUAUACACUUGAGUAAACCUCGAUCUGAACGCAAGUCCGGACGCCUUCCGAGCGCUAUGCCGGUUCUUGAUAAACAUUCAUGCAACUCCCUUCUCCACUAUACCCUUCGUCAUCGUCUGUCGCUCACUUUUGCCAAGGGGGUCAUGACCUACAUAAAUAAAUGGCAUUCACCAAACGUCGCCACCCUCAAUAUAUUGGUAACUUCCGGCAGUCUACUCAGAGUACCUCGCUUAGCAGAGAACGCGUUGAAAUACCUACGCCUUCACCACGAAGAUGAAAGUAGAGCUCUUGACGUUCCACCUGCACAGUCAGAGUGUUUCUCGUUAGAUCCCUGUCAUCGUGGCAGAUUUGCCGAGGCUUUACGUCGCUUGGCAAACGAGAGACACGACACCCUUCUCGAAAGUCUUUCUGUGUCUCCACAAAACGCGGACGCGUUCACUCUCAGCGCUUACAUCACGUUCUUAGUAUCCACUGGUCGCGCAAAGCUGAUAUCAGAGCUCCUCUUCGACUUGCUUCCCGAACUAAAUGUGGUUGGUCAUCGCCCCAAUAGGACGACGCGUCCUGAGGUCAGACAACAUCGCGAAGCAUUGCGGGAGGCUUGCCUUCGCCGGGUAGCACCGUAUGGUCCCUAUUUUUUCGUCGCUUUUCUAAACGCCUUGCGUAAAGCCGGACAGACGGGUCUCGCAGAGCGUGUUUGGUUGUUAGCCAAAGAGGCAGAGAGGGCCAGUUGGGUGGAAGAUAUUGGAGGAAAUAAGCCUUGGCUGUUACCGGUUCAUGCUUAUACAGUCAUGAUUCAAUGCUAUACGCAAGAUGCUCUUCGAAGAAGGAGACCUACAGGAAUUAAGAAAUUCCAGGAACCUGUGAGGGCUUUACUUCCAUCUCACAAGCGACGGCGGACCGGCCAUACCGCCAUUUCUGUUUACAAUACCUUUAUGAAGAACGCUCGAGCAGUGUACCGUCAACUCACAAAAUUGCAUGUACACGAUAAUGGCGUAAACAUAUCCCUCCAAAUCCCCCAGCCUGAUGCUCGGCUCUUCAAUGCCAUGCUGAAGAUCGCGACACGACAUCCAAUGAUGCUUCGUCGUCGAGCGAAUACCUCUCCAACUCAUUGGGAACAACAUAUCCGUUUCACUCGUUGGAUAUACGCGAACCUGGGUAACCCUCGGGUUUAUCCCGAUGUAUACAUCGAGGAGCUGAUCGCAGACAUGAUGGAGUAUGGAUUUCCAAUUCCUAUCGGAUUACAGUAUUUGCUCGUGCGCCAUAAUCCACCUUCAAUGUACCGUUACAAGCCAAGAUGGACACCGUUAGACCGUGGACCUUACGUAUAUCCUAGAUUACCAAAAACCGCGACUCCGUUUACCCUCCCCACUGGUAAAACUAAAGGUCUUCCGCUCAGACGUAGACGUCCUCAAAGACGGUUUCCUACGCAAUUGUAG